AUGUGGGUGGAAAUGCAGGCCCUGCGCACCUUUCGUGGCGAACCAAGUAGCGUACGAACAAACUCGGUGCAUCGUGAUGCAAUAGCUGAGCAGCUAAGCCUGCGCAAAUUGGUGGCUGACACCCUGAUUGGCCAGGUUACGGAAUACGAGAACGUAAAAAGCAAGGCAACCAAUCCCAGCCAGGUCACACCGUCACGAAAUCUCACUGCCUACGCCGAGCCACCACUAAAUAUCUUCUUGGUUCCUUGGUGGUCAAUGGAGAUCGGAAGCUGCGUGGUACCGCGUCCGGGGAGAGACUCCGGUCAGCCUUGUGCGCCUAAGAAGAUUUCCAAAGCGCCUUGGCGAUUUUGUGCACGGCGGCUCGACAUCGUGUCUAUCGACAACCCAUUCUUGACUUUUGAUGAUACAAGAGUCGAGGCCAGGACCGGACGCACUGAGCUUGAAGAAUAUGUCUGGCAAUUUGUAGUCCAAGCAGAUUUAAAGGAUAAAUUCGAGUUACUCAGGUUUGGAGCCCGUCUUGCUCGAGACAAACAUGAGGCAAUGAGUAGAUAUGCCGAUGAACUCACGGAGCCGGAGAAAAAACUGUUGGAAAAGGAGAAGGAGAAGGAAACCGGCUUCUGGAAGCAGUCCAAGUUUUUCCGAGCCACAAUUAUCACUGCCAGUCUAGGUGGAAUGAUUCAAGGAUGGACACAGAGCGUCAAUAACGGCACGGCUUAUGGCAUGCCGGAUGAGUUUGGCUUGUGUUAUCGUAGUGCUAACUGCAGCGCUGCACAACUAUGGACCUUCGGUAUGCUGAACGCGAUCCCGCUACUUUCUGCGGGAAUAUUUGGCACCAUCGCUGCAGAUCCAUUGCAAGAGAUAGUUUUAGGCAGACGAGGUAGUGUAAUGCUCUCGUGUGCGAUCACUAUUGCUUCUACGAUCGGCGCCUCUGUCACGCAAAAUGUUGGCCAGCUAGCGGCUUGUCGAGCGAUCAAUGGAAUUGCUCUAGGUGCAAAAGCGUCAAUCAUUCCCAUUUAUUCCGCUGAGCUCUCACCGGAACAUAUUCGAGGGGCCAUUUUGGCUAAUUGGCAGCUGGCAGAUGCCGCCGGCAUCUUCUUUGGGUUUCUUGCCAACCUAUUAGUCGUGAUUUACGUGGGCGACCCAUUCAGAAGUUGGAGAAUCCUUACCAACACAGUCUUGGUGCCCACUGUUCCUUUGCUAAUAAUGAUUUAUCUCAUGCCAGAGUCCCCUCGAUACCUAGUGAAGCAUGGAAAGUACCGGAAAGCACUCCAAGCAUUCGAGCAAAUUCAGACAACAUGGCUUUUGUGCAGCCGGGACUUCAUGUAUGCGCAUGCCCAACUGGACUUUGAGAGUCGGUUAUUAAAAGGACACGCAAACGAGUAUGGAAACCUCGCCGAACGGAUUGAUGUAAGCACACAAGGGUCACUUGGAGCUCUACCCGGUCCUUUGCCACAUGGUCCUCAGCCCCAGAGUAAUGCAUCAGAUACAUCCAUCUCGCAAGGAAGAUCAAUUGAUUCGGUCGAGCCGAUACCAGACAUAUCGUCAUUGAGUGUAAGCAGGAUAGCACAACCUAGAGACAGCCACCAACAGUCCAGCCAACAGGACGAACAAAGCCGUGAAAGAAGCAUCGAACUCGUAGUUCUCAAUCGAUCAACAAGUGAGCUCUCGAGCCUGAACAUCGAUCUAGGAAUUCAACGGGCUAAGAAAAGAGACAAUCCAUACUCAUACCACAUUGGAGUAACGGGCUAUUUUAAUCGACUCGUUCAACUCUGGGAGAACAAACGUUGCCGCAGAGCACUUCUGAGUGCUUCCACCGCAAUGAUUAGUCAGCAGAUGACUGGCGUCAAUACCAGUACAAUUGUGUGGGAAAACUCUCUCGUCAAUACAGACUCGCAGACCCAUGUGAAAAGCGACGCCCGGACUGCUGCCAUCAUUGGCCUUGCCUUUGGCGCAGCAAAUUAUGUCUUCGGCCUUCCAGCGUACUGGCUAUCGGAUAAGAUUGGCCGCUCGAUCAUGCUUGCCCUCGGGCUUCCAAACAUGGCAUGGUCAAUGUUGGUGUUUGCAUUUCUGUUCAAGAUCCCCAACGAAUCCGUCCGAGUGCCGCUCGUGAGCAUUUUUGCGAUUGUCUUUGUGGUGUUCUAUGCUCCAACAGCGGGAACGUCGCCCUUCUCAAUAUCUGCGGAGGUGUUUCCCUUGGUAUCUCGUGAAGCAGGCAUGGCCGUGUCUGUCGCCGUUAAUCUACUAGGAGCUGGGGUAUUGGUGCUUGUAUUUCCUUUCCUCCUCCAUCAGAUUGGCGCAACUGGUGCACUGUCAAUCUUUGCAGGCCUAAAUAUGAUAGCAUUUGUGCUAGUGUACCUGUUCGUUCCGGAGACGAGAAUGCGAACGCUGGAAGAGUUACAGUAUACUUUCGAUUUACCUACUAGAUGGCACAUCUCAUACAGGGCUGGUUACAUCCGAAAACACGUAGUGCAAAAUUGGUGGAAGUACUUGACGGGCAAGUCAAAAGAAGUAGAACCACCGAUUCCUUUUUAUGAGUGGGCGAGAGUGGUUCAUGGAGAAAGGGAGGACGCCAGCUGAGCAGUUUAAGUUAUAAUAAGUGAGGUGAAAAUAACCGCG